CUGCAGGAGUGCCGCGGGAGGCAGCGGCGACGGCACCAUCCCGUUGAUCCGGAGGCACCCGGGGUAGAGCGAUGCCCUGUGGGGAUACUCAGCAGAAAAUGUAUACCAGUUGUGAAGAUAUUGGCUAUGAUUUCCAAGACGAUUCCAAAGAGAGGGAGAAGCUUAAGCCGAAUCCAGAUAUUGAUGGUGGAUGGGCUUGGAUGAUUGUUCUUUCUUCUUUCCUGGUACACAUAAUCAUUAUGGGAUCACAAAUGGCCCUUGGUGUUCUCAACAUGGAAUGGCUUGAAGAAUUUAGCCAAAGUCGAGGAUUGACGGCAUGGGUCAGCUCACUCAGUAUGGGCAUUACCCUGAUUGUAGGCCCUUUUAUUGGUUUGUUCAUUAACACCUGUGGAUGUCGGAAGACGGCAAUUACUGGAGGAGUCUUGAAUGCUUUAGGAUGGAUAUUGAGUUCCUAUGCCACAAAUGUGCAUUACCUCUUUAUUACAUUUGGAGUUAUAGCUGGUGUUGGGAGUGGCAUGGUGUACCUGCCUGCUGUGGUCAUGGUGGGAGAAUACUUUCAAAAUAGAAGAGCGUUUGCCCAGGGACUCAGCACAACUGGAACAGGGUUUGGUGCUUUCCUAAUGACAGGCUUGCUGAAAUAUCUUUGUAUAGAGUUUGGCUGGAGGAAUGCCAUGUUCAUUCAGGGUGCAAUCUGUCUGAACCUGUGUGUUUGUGGAGCACUCAUGAGACCCAUUCAUUUCAAGGAGGACGUUGCUGAAAGAAGUGGGGAGAGAAUCACCAGCAGAAGUCCAAGCCCUGUGAAAGCUCUCUCCUGCUCUGCAGAAACACUGACAUCUAAUGGUGUCUUAAGGGAAGAAGAUAAGGAAGAAAAGCUGGGCAGUUGUCCAGCAUUGGAAAACAAAGAGGUAACCAGACACAGGAAGGAUUUCUAUGCUCUUUGUAUUCUGAAGACAGUGAGGCAGCUGACGGUUACAAUCCGGAAAGGCUUUGGGGCUUGGUAUUCGAGUUACUUCGGAGCUGCGUCCCUCUUCACUAACAGAAAGUUUGCAGCUUUUGUCUUUUGGGCCUUGUUUGCAUACAGCACCUUUGUGAUUCCUUUCAUCCAUCUUCCAGAAAUUGUGAAACAGUAUCACCUUUCCAUGCAGAAUGAUAUAUUUCCUUUGACCUCAAUUAUUGCUAUUGUCCACAUUUUUGGUAAAGUCAUCCUUGGCGUCAUCUCUGAUGCACCUUGUGUCAGCACGUGGAAUGUCUUUGUGGCGGCUAACUUCACUCUCGUCUCUUGCAUUUUUGUUUUGCCACUAAUGCACACAUAUGCUGGAUUGGCAGUGGUCUGCGCCCUAAUAGGAUUUUCCAGUGGAUAUUUUUCACUCAUGCCUGUUGUAACGGAGGAUUUAGUAGGGAUUAAGCACCUUGCAAAUGCCUACGGAAUCAUUAUUUGUGCCAAUGGGAUAUCAGCUCUGCUGGGACCACCAUUUGCAGGAUGGAUUUAUGACCUCACACAAAAAUAUGACUUUUCUUUCUACAUAUGUGGCUUGCUUUACAUGGUGGGGAUACUUACUUUGCUCAUACAGCCUCUUUUCGACAAGAAAAAGCCAUCAGGUGAAAAAAACACAGAAAAUGGAAAAGUAUAGGACAGUUUACUGAAUGUUUUUAGACAGAGUGUUGUUUAUUCAUUUUGAUUUCUGAGAAAAGGACCAAACUGUAUAUCUGAUGGGACCAACUGGACUGGAUUACACCAACUUUGGACGCUAAAUAAAAUCCACACUGCCACUGUUAAUGGAUUGGUGGAAAAAUGCAUUAGUAGUUCUAAAGCUGAACAUCCCAACACCUACACAAUAGUGCAGGUUGGUCGGAAGCUGAACAUUAAUUUUCUUUUGUUAUUUACAGUGGUUUGACACAAGCAUAACUCCACAGACUGAAAUUCAGUUACUCUGAUGUACACUAACAGGGCGGGGGGAAGUAUUCACCCGUGAGGAAUCACUGGUAUGAGAAUAAUUCCUGUGGGUUAUUCCAGCUGAU